CCCCGCCUCCUCCCCCGCACGGGCCUAAUAACCAGUUCCGCGCUCGCGUCGACGCGCGCCGGCGGGCUGCAGAAGCAGAUAUGUCGGCUGUCCUGCAGCGCGUCGAGCGGCUGUCCAGUCGGGUGGUGCGCGUCCUGGGCUGUAACCCGGGACCCAUGACCCUGCAGGGCACCAACACCUACUUGGUAGGGAUCGGCACCAGGAGAAUCCUCAUUGACACUGGAGAACCAGCAAUUCCAGAAUAUAUCAGCUGUUUAAAGCAGGCUCUGACUGAAUUUAACGCAACAAUCCAGGAAAUCAUAGUGACUCAUUGGCACCAUGAUCAUACUGGGGGCAUAGGAGAUAUUUGUAAAAGCAUCAGUAAUGACACUGCAUAUUGCAUUAAAAAACUUCCACGGAAUCCUCCGAGAGAAGAAAUUAUAGGAGAUGGAAAGCAACAAUAUGUUUAUCUGGAAGAUGGAGAUGUGAUUAAAACUGAAGGUGCCACUCUCAGAGUUAUACACACACCUGGCCACACUGAUGAUCAUAUCGCUCUACUUUUAGAAGAGGAGAAUGCGAUCUUUUCUGGAGAUUGCAUCCUAGGGGAAGGAACAACUGUAUUUGAAGACCUCUAUGAUUAUAUGAACUCCCUAAAAAAGCUAUUGAAAGUCAAAGCUGAUAUUAUAUAUCCAGGACAUGGCCCAGUAAUUCAUAACGCUGAAGCUAAAAUUCUAGAAUACAUUUCUCACAGAAAUAUCCGAGAACAGCAAAUUCUUACAUUGUUUCGUGAUAAUUUUGAAAAAUCAUUUACAGCAAUGGAGGUUGUAAAAAACAUUUACAAGACUAUUCCUGAGCAUUUAUAUAAAAUGGCUGAACGUAAUACCUUGCUUCACUUGAAAAAAUUAAAAAAAGAAGGAAAAAUAUGAAAAACAACAACCACCAGAGUCCUUCCUUGAACGUCACUGUAAGAUGGAGAAACAAGCACUAGAAAGGGUUAGUAGUGAAAGGCCAGUGGACCACAAAUUGGAACCUAAAGCUCCCACAGGAAUUAGAAUUUUGCUUAGGGGUUGCAGUUCUUACCCACCAGAACUACAAUCAAAGGCAGGUAAUGGGAAGAUAGCCUCUCUUCUCCCGACCACAAAGAAUUUCACACGCAUAAGGUUUGGGAACAGCCAGACGUUUUAGCAGUAGUAAAGGUAGUAAACUCAAAAAUAUUAAAGCAGUAAUUCUAUAAGUGUUUACUCGUGUUAGAUUAAUUCAUCAAAUUAACAAUCUUUAUAGAAAUUUAAUCCUUAAAAUCAAGAAGCUCAAAACUUUUUUGUGUAGAAGCUUCAGCAAUGCUUUUAUAUGUACAAAAAAAUACCACCUUUAUAUUAAGCAACAAAAUUAUUUUAGGAAUUAAUGCUUUUUCUAGCCACAGAAUAACUUAAAAUCCAUUAUAUUUGCUUAUCUGUUGUUAAAUUUUCACUCUUUAAUUUUCUUUCCACAGUUAGCAGCACGGAUCCUGAGAAGAAAUGGAAAGCUAAUCUUUAGUUUCAGAUUAAUGAAAGCUUCUGUUGGCUUGUUUUAUUUUUAGAGAAUGGUAUGUUUUCUUAACUAUAAUUAUUUACAGGGAAUAUAGAGUAUAGAACAUUGAAAAUAAUCCUAAAUAUACUUUAAAAUAAUGUCUUAUUUCGUCUAAAAUAUAUAUUACACUUUACAUGUAUAAUAUAGGUCGCUUAUCUAAUCUGAAUGGUAUAACAUUUUACCAAAAAUUCAGAAUCCAACAGUUUAUCCAUGUUCAACAGAUUUAUGGUUACUUUAAAAAUAAUAAAAUUUAUAUAAGUUAAACUGGGUAUUAUUCUUGGAGAUUAGUUAUCUGUUACAAAUGGCCAAUAGUAUUUCUCCAGCUGCUUCAGUUAACAGCACAGAUUUCUGUGUAAUCCUUCUUUACAUCUGUAGAUAACAGCUUUGUUUUCAUGUUUCUAUCAAUUGUAUUAUGAUUUUGCUUUAGUUCUAUAGCUCUGUAUCCUGUAUAUUUUUUUAUAAUGGUAUCUCACAAAUGAUUCAUGAACAUCAACUUACAGUAAUUGAAAAAUAUUAAAUUCCUAAUUAAAAGCA